GCAUCCUGCAAUAAUUCCUCGAGCUUCUCAAUUGACUUCUCUGAUUAUAGAUUCUGCUCACAAACGAACUCUCCAUGGAGGUACACAACUCACACUGUCCACCAUCCGACAACAAUAUUGGAUCAUUGGAGGAAGAGCCCCAGUGAAAUCCCACAUCCUGAAGUGUGUUACAUGUGCACGGCAUCGAGGUAUAAGAGCUCAACAACUCAUGGGCCAGUUACCAAAACCACGCGUUAGACCAUCUCGUCCCUUUCUCCACACUGGUGUAGACUACGCCGGACCUCUCACUAUCAAAGCCUGGAAAGGAAGAGGAGCAAAGACACACAAAGGCUGGGUUUGUGUGUUUGUCUGCUUCGCCACCUCAGCAGUCCACCUCGAAGCCGUAAGUGAUUACACCACUGAAUCAUUUAUUGCUGCGUUCCGUAGGUUUACCGCUCGACGAGGCAUCUGUGAAACCUUAUACUCAGACUGCGGAAUCAACUUCAUGGGAGCCGAUGCCACUCUCAAGACCAUGUUCUCAAAGGCCUCCUCACAAAACCAGGUCAUCGCCGAACUCCUCUUAAAAGAAGGUACUAACUGGUGCUUCAACCCACCGGCAGCUCCUCACAUGGGAGGAAAAUGGGAAGCAGCAGUGAAAUCUUUCAAAUACCACCUCGCCCGGGCUACCAAGGAUCAGCCAUUCACCAUGGAAGAGCUGAUCACACUCCUCACCCAGAUCGAAGCAAUCCUCAAUUCUAGACCUCUCGAACCGCUCAGCGAUGAUCCUGAAGACUGCUCCGCUCUCACACCAGGCCACUUCUUAAUAGGUACAGCUCUGAACACCGUACCUGAGCCAUCUCUCGAAGACCUCUCGACUUCUCGACUGUCAAGAUGGCAGUUAAUUCAGCAACGCACCCAGCAGUUCUGGUCCACAUGGUCAACUCAAUUUCUACAACGUCAACUGUCCAUCUCAAAGUGGCACCAUCCAGCCCAUGACAUAAAGGUUGGGUCACUAGUACUCCUCACCGAUGAAAGAUUACCUCCAUGCAAGUGGCCAUUAGGGCGAGUAAUGGCUGUGCACCCAGGGACAGACGGCCUUGUUCGCGUCGUCACUCUCAAGACCUCCACAUCCACUCUAACCAGACCGAUCUCGAAGUUGGCAAUUCUGCCAGUGUCCACUCCAGACGAAGCAAGAAAGAAUUUCAACCCCUCAAGUCUUCUCGAUAACUUACGCUGUUAGUUAUGGCGGGCGGAAUGUUAAAAAUUCAGCCGCUUCUCAACGACGCCACUGGCAGUUCUCAAGGAUGUUCCACUCGACAGCAUCAACGACGCAGCGGUCCCACUUUCCGUGUUUUUCAGAAGUGAAAAACCUACACAUUUACAUAUUUUUCAAAAGAUUCUCUU